AAUUGCGUGAAAGUGAAAAUUAAGAUUCAAACGUAUACAAGCAAGUCGACAAAAUAAAUGAGAACUCAAAGAUUUCUUAGAUAUGAGAGACGACAAAUGAUCUAUAUCCUAUCAAUGACAUGAGUUUAUAGAUGACAAGUCAAACCCACUACUCAAAUAAUUAUUAACUGAAAUUUGUUUUUUCCAAAUAAUUAAUUGGAUGCUACUUGUUCAUCAAGUUGACAGGAUAGAAAAUGUUAAAAAGGAAGAUCCACUGGCCCUUAAGAUGACGUUUCGGCCAAUGCCUCACGAUUUAGAUCCGAAGGUAUAGUAGCAGGCACCGUCUUCGCAUUUCACUUCCGCAUAAACUCCUCCUCACGACUCACGCACAGAAUAUGGACGCCGGAGAACCAUCGUACACCACCGGCGACACCCUACAUACGGAAAGAGCCUUCACCUCCAACUUAGGAGUCUUCUUCGCUGUCUUCUUCCUCAUAAUCGUUCUCUCUUAUGGUUCUUACGUUUAUAGGCGCAGCAUACGCUCUCAAUCAUCACUACCCAUCAUCUCUCUCGAUGACACCGUCCACUCCGACGACGACGACGAAUGUAGAGGUCUUGAUGAUGAUGUCUUGGGGACUUUCCCGACAAUUCUAUACUCUGAAGUCGCGAUGCUUCUCAACGGCGAGACUAACACGGCGACCCAUGCUGAUAAUUGUGGUUCUGCUGGCUGCUCUAUUUGCUUGGCGGAUUAUAAACCGGCGGAUGUCAUCCGGUUGUUGCCGGAAUGCAGUCACUUGUUUCAUGUAAGUUGUGUAGAUACGUGGUUAAGGGUUCAUCCUACUUGUCCGGUGUGCCGGAACUCGCCAUUCCCGACCCAGCGGAUUUGACUUCACUAAAAUUUUAAACUUAUUUGUUUACAUACGCAAGUAGCAAGCAAUUUUUUAUGUAACAAAAAGAUUAUAAUCUAUGAGCAACUUGACCAAACUCAA